UUGUAGUUCAAAGGUCGAUGAAGGACAAUUCACAUCAUGUAAUGUAGCAUUAUCAGGUGAAACGUUGUACUGAUUUGAUAGAAAACAUCCUGGUCUUAUUAUAAGUUCUUUUUAAAAACAUUGUCAACAAUGGCUGGCACGAGUAAAGCGAAUGAUGGCGAUGAUUUUACAUCGUUUGGUUCAUCAGCAAAAAAUGUUGUAAAUGAUAUUAAUGCGAAGAUGGAAGGUAAUGGAGGCGAUGAUAUUGUACACAAAGCUCUUAAUGAUGAUAUUCAAGAUGGAAGUAAUAAAGAUAAAAGUAUCCCCAAGCAAAAUGACAAAGAAAUGGAUGAAACGAAGAGGAAAGAGGGAUUAGAAAAGCGUAAAGAACAAGAAGCAGCACUAUCCGAAGAGGAGUUAAAAAAUCUUCGAGAACAAUCUCAAGCGUUUAAAGCUCAAGGGAAUGAUCAUUUUGGUGAGGGAUUUUGGUAUGAAGCAGCUCAUUCUUACACGAAAGCUUUGGACAUUUGUCCACUCAUGUACACUUCUGACAGAGCAACAUAUUUGAGUAAUCGAGCUGCUGCAUAUAUAAAACUUAGGGAUUGGGAAAAAGCUAUCGAAGAUUGUAGUGAGGCGUUAGAAAUUGGUGCACCAAAUGAUAAACCCUUGGAAAGACGUGCUCACUCUUAUGCCCAAUUGGAAGAGAAGUAUGAACAAGCCGUUGAAGAUUAUGAAUCGUUACUAAAAAUGUACCCUAAUAGGAAGGAUUACGUCAAGAAAAUUGCUGAUUUGAAACAGGCAAUCAAUGAGCGGAAUGAAAGGAUGAAGAGGGAAAUGAUCUCGAAACUGAAAGAUUUGGGAAAUAUGUGCUUGAAACCGUUCGGUUUGUCAACGGAUAACUUCGAAAUGGUACAACAACCGGGUGGAGGAUAUUCGAUAAGUAUGAAAAAGUGAUGUUUUCUCCUUAUAUCGUCAGUUUUGUGUUACAUUUUUCGUCUCGAGUGUGCAUAAGUUCAUACUCAUAAGAUACCUCUUAGAGGUAUCUUAUUCAUGUUAAGCUGUGUUUUUGACAAGAUGCUACCUGAACAUACUGACGAGCGAUGCGCUUUAUGUUUCUCUUUUGAUGAUGGAUUUCAAAUAAUAUUUUUAAGCCGCAUGACAUUUCUUAUUUAUCCUUUUUUUCAAUAGUAAAGGAAUUUUACGACAUUUGCUUUUUCUAUGUAAUGCAUUGCACCGCAGUUUUCAGUACCUUUUUUUAGAGCAGUUGCCUGUAUUUGCUCUUGAUUAUUCUCGCUAAUUAUAGAAAUUUGCUUUCUUGUAACUCAGCCAGUGUAUAUUAAUUGUCUCCAUUAAGCUACAUGAUGGUAUUGAUGUUACUCCCUAUUUUACAUAGAAACGCGGGGGAAAAAGGCAUGUUUAGUGGCUAAGGCAAUCCACCCCCCUAACAAUGAGGUAAAAUUUGUUUAAUCCCAUUCCAACUGAUAUUGUAACGCUUCAUUCGUGAACAGUGUUUUAUUAAAGCAUUUACUUAACAGUUAAUUUUUUGCGACCUGUCCAUAACUUCAAAACUCGAUAAAUAAAUUCCAGAAGCGCACCACCAUCAAAAUUACCUCGUACAAUGCAUUGACCACACUGGAUCGUAGACAAAGUAAAAAUAUGUAUAAGUCUUUCCAAAUAGUUCACGAUACUAACAAAUCGCAAUAUAUAUUAAGUGCGCUUAAUGUACAAUUAUCAAUUGUGGAACCGAAAUUUGUCUCCACAUCAGGAUUCACUCGAAAGACAUUCCUAAAUUGGAGCGAAUCCGGUCCGCC